UCUUCUCUGAUUCCAUGGCCUGUUUCUUGAGCUGUGUCCGGUUCGGUGACUCGGUCAGGAAGACGACGACGGCCGAGCCAGUGGGCCGAGUUGGGUGUGUUGAUUCGGGUGUGAAGAGUUACAGUUGGGAGGAAAUUGAAUCAUUGACAUCGAAUUUUGUCCGGUUGAUCGGUUCGGGUGGAUACAGCAGCGUUUACAUGUCUCGUUUGCCUGGUUCGGACAAAGCGGCUCUCAAGGUUCAUGUCGGAAGCCAUCGGCUCUAUCAGGUUUUCAGAGUGGAGCUCGGUGUCUUGCUUCGACUUCAUCAUCCCAACAUUGUCAAGCUCCUUGGUUACUUUGAUGAUUCGGAAGAAAACGGCGCUCUUCUGCUCGAAUACCUUCCUAAUGGAAACCUCCAAGAAAAGCUCAGCUGCAACAGUAAACAAGUCUUGCCAUGGAGAAACCGAACCUCCAUUGCUUUUCAGCUGGCUCAAGCUAUAGAACACAUGCACGAAAAAUGCAGCCCGCCAAUCGUGCACGGUGAUAUCAAGUCCUCGAACAUCCUUUUAGACGAACGCUUCAACUGCAAGCUCUGCGAUUUCGGGUCAGCCAAAGUCGGGUUUUCGUCAAUGGUUCAGCCUCCUCCUCCAACAAUGUCACCGAGGUCUAAACAAGUUAUGAUGAUUGGUUCUCCAGGUUAUACAGACCCACAUUACUUGAGAACCGGGGUUGCAUCGAAGAAAAUGGAUAUGUAUGGGUUCGGGGUGGUGGUUCUUGAGUUGGUGUCGGGAAACGAAGCCUUUUGUGCGGAGAAAGGACUCAUGUUGGUGCAUAAGGCCAGGCCGUUGAUUCAUGAGAUUCUUGAUUUGGGUUCGGACAUUGCAGAAGAGAAGGUGAAAGAGUUCUUGGAUCCGAGGUUGUCAAGAGACAGUCUUGACAUUGAAGAGGUUAAGGCAAUGCUCGUUGUGGCCGCCUUGUGUCUUCAUAGUUCACCUUCUCUCAGGCCUUCGGCUUCUCAAGUGGUGAAGAAUCUUGUCAGGAACGUCCCUUCUCUCUCGUUCCUCGGUUGUGGUAAGGAGGUAAAAGAUGCAUAAUCGAUGGGUUGAUG